CGCCGGGGAGCCGGGCCGGGCAGACGCGGCGCGAUGUGGCGAGUGCAGUAUGUCAGUGCCCAGCAGCUGGCCGGCUUCCGCCAGUACAAGUACAGUGCUGUGGAUACAAACCCUUUGUCAGUACAUAUUUUACAGCCUAUGUGGGACCAAAUUGUAAAGAUAGUGCCUCAGUGGGUUGCUCCUAACUUGUUAACCUUCUCUGGAUUUGUGAUGCUUUUAAUUAAUUAUUUUCUGUUAUCUUUUUAUGACUGGGACUACACGGCAUCAGGUACCAGUCCUGGGAGUAUUCCAACAUGGGUGUGGCUAUUUAGUGCUUUUGCCACCUUUUGUGCUUAUACUUUAGACUCCAUAGAUGGGAAACAUGCUCGAAGGACUCAGUGCAGCACCCCCUUGGGGGAGUUAUUUGACCAUGGGUUGGAUAGCUGGGCUACUUCCAUCUUCAUCUUCAAUUUUUUUUCACUUUGCUCACGUGGUAAUGAGCAAACUGGUUUUCUCCUACAUAAAAUGUUUCUCUCAUUAAGCAUUGGCUUGCUGAACUUUAUGGUUUCACACUGGGAAAAAUAUAACACAGGAGUUCUUUUUCUUCCUUGGGGAUAUGACAUAAGCCAAGUGGUACAAAUAGUACUGUAUGUGCUGACUGCUGCUGCUGGAGUAGAAAUCUGGCACAGGCCUAUCCUGUUUGGUUACUACAUUGUAGAUAUAUUGAUACCUUUGAUUAUCGGCUUAAGUAUAGUUCUUUCCUUUCCGCAGACACUAUACAACAUUUACAAGGCAUACUUAAAGAAAACACUGAAGAGAGAUUCUUUCUAUGAUGGAUGUGUACCUCUGGUGUCUCCUAUCCUGCUGUUUACUCUCAUUAGCAUUUGGGUGACUUUAUCUCCAUGCGAUAUACUUGCAAAAGAAACCAGAAUGUUUUUCUGGAUGCUUGGUGUUACUUUCUCAAAUAUUCUUGUCAGGAUGAUCAUUUGCCAGAUGAGUAACACCAGACCCAAAGUUUUCCACUGGUUCCUGUUUCCACUAGCUCUUGUGGUCUACACAGCAGUAACUGGGCAGCUGGGGAGGAUGGAGCCAAUGGUACUCGCCUUAUUCAACGUGUUUGUCACAGCUGCUCAUGUGCACUAUGGCAUCUGUGUGGUGAGACAGUUGAGUGACUAUUUCAACAUUUAUGCCUUUUCCCUAAAGAAACGCAUUCGAGAAUGAAGUCUUUGCUGUGACCAGGACAUGAAACACUACCAUGGGGCUUCUUAGGUGCAUUUAUCUGAUAAACAGUGUAAUUCUAUUGAUUAAAAUAUUGAACUAUAAUGGACCAGAUAUUUAAAACCCUGGAAUACUGAUGGAGCAGGAUGUUUAAUAGAAGAGAAUUCUAGUUGAGAAAUUAAACCCUUAGUCACUCUGCUGCUAACUUAACUUUUCUACCUAUUCGGACCAAAGCACUUCCUUAUUUAAGUCCUUACUCCUCCUCUUGUUUGCUCAAGACAAUGGGAGCCACCCUUCUUAGCAGGCAUGCCAUAGAAUUAGCCCCACACCCUCCCUGAGGGCACUC